AUGGCUUCUGGGCACAACUCAGCAUACUCCGCGUCGACCCAGCAGUCGACCCAGCAUCGCGCACUGGGUGAUGGACGCUCCUCAUUCAGUCAGGAUGGCGGAUCCGUGGAUGGAAGCUGGCAGGAUGGCAUCCCACGAACCGCAAGGAACAAGCGAUCCGAGUCGGGCGGCAGCAGCAACAUGGGUGGACGCGGAGCGUCAUUAGUUCCCUCGUUAACUCCCUCAUUAGCACCCUCCACCGGCGGACCAGGCAGCUUCAGCUCGGACCUCAAAAGCAUGACUUCACGCAGUGUCACCCCCCGACCAGACGGUACAUACAAUCGACGCGCCAGCAGAUCGAUCGGCGAGGAAGAUCUACACACUACUGAGGAGCGCCAGGCUCACCUUCGCGACAGGAUCGCGAAGGAGAUGAAGAUCAAGAGCGGAACGGAGAACAUGUUGGAGGCACUGCUAGCAAAGCCACCGAAACAGACCAAAGAGCAACGUCUCAGAGUGGAGUCGGAGUUAAGCUCGUCCAACCGCAAGCUGGUCGAAUUGCAGCAUGAACUGGAAGAUGAGAUAUUACGUGCGCAGGCGCCUUCAUCAACUCCCCCACGCAGCAGCCGCAUUUCGAAUCUUUUCCGAGCCAGCCCUAUGCGUUCACCAUCUCGAAACAAGGAAGACGUCACACCGGUCAACGGUGAACGAGAGGAAUACGGCGAGGGUGACAUGGAGUCCCCAACUUAUGUCCUCUCGGAAACGCUACAGGCUCUAGAGAUUGAGGGGAUGUCUCCUGAUUUCUAUGUUGAGCGUGCCAAUAGCUUGGUCGAGUUGUUCAAACGGCAUCCCGCACUAAAAUAUGACCUCGCAUGGUCUGUUUUUGGCCUCCGAGUUCAGGUCAUGCUCUUGAGUGACAGCAAAGAGGUGGUGGCUGCAGGCUACCGGCUGACACGCUAUGCUAUUGCUGAUCGCAAAUCCCUCCAAACAAUCCGAACGUUACAUACAGAUGAACUCGUGAUAUUGUCCUUAGUGAAAGAAACAAAGGCGAGCAUUGAAAGGGAACAGGCGCUGAAGUUUGUGAGAGGCUUCCUGGACGUCAAAGAUGGCGUUCGGGAGAUAUCGCCCGCCGUUGUGCGAACCAUUAUUGCUGUUGCAGAACAUCACGAAGAUCGUCUCCGAAACAUCUCAAUCAUGACUGUGGCCGAGAUGUUAGUGAAAGACCCAGAACUGGUUGCUUCUGCCGGAGGGUUUGCUGCUCUACAUGAUGCUCUUGCGGAAGGGACAUUUGGCGCCUCCGAGUCUCUGAUAUCAAGUUUCCUGCAUGUUGUGGACACCCCCCACAGUCGCAAGUUUCUCCAGGGAUCUGAACUGGAAGCUGUCCUGACACCUUUCACCGACUCAUUAUCCGACACACUACGCAAUGGACGGUUAAAGUCCGCGGCACGGGCGAUUUCUGCGAUGCUGAAAACUUGGCCCGGGCUGGUAAUUCUUGCAAGGCAUGAUUCACAACCAUUGCGUUCUCUCCUUGAUUCGCUCCAUUACCAAGAUCCCAUAGCCCGAGACCUGAUCAUGGAGCUGUUAUUUGACGCUUUGCGAAUAAAGCCUCCUUCGUGGUCAUCGUCCUUCCUCGCGGGCAGGCGACUCACAACCUAUGGCAGAGUCUCGAAUCUCCGCUCUGAAGCCGAGUCAUCAAGGUUCUCCCGCGCGUUCCAGGAUUCUAGUGCCAACAAAUUCGAUCUGACAGCUCAUUUCUCCACUCUCAUAUUGGCAGGUUUGGUCGAGGCAGGGCUCCCGAAGGUUCUCUCCGAUAUAAUUGAGGAUGAGACGGAUCUCUCACUCAGACGCAAAGCAACUCUACUACUAACGGAGGUGCUCAAGCUCGCCCAUCAUUCCUUACCUCAAGCCGUCAGCGCAAAGCUCCAGGUGCUUCCACACCUCAUCCCGCCAGCAGUUGACUUUGAGACCGAGAAUCACGACCUCUCAACCGCCACUAUCUUUCAAAUCGAUAGUAUCAACCGGACAUUGGCGCGUUCUGGUGGAUAUCCCAGUGGACAAGGCCGGUACAAUAUGGAGAGUGAUUUAUCCGCUUCCCUGCUUCCCGCUGAGCAAGGAAAAGAUAAGAUGAGCCCUUCCAUGGACGAGACGCAGUUCCGCAAUGCCAUUCUCGAAACUCACGUCCUGAAUACCGUCAACUACACAAAGUGGAAGUGGGACAUCAUUCAUCGCCUAGUCGAAGGUCCUCUCACAAAUUCUAAAAGGAUGGACGAGGCCAUCAAGGGCUCCAAGUUUAUGAAACGACUCAUUGGCUUUUACCGGCCUUUCAAGUAUCGCUUUGCCAUGGUUCCAAAUACGAAAGCGAAUCAGCGAUAUGUCCGAACGGGCUGUGUUCUCAUGCGGACUCUCGUUUCGACCCCCGAGGGCACUAAGUAUCUGGCUGAGAAUAAGUUCCUGCGGCAGGUUGCGGAAUGUCUGGCCCAAUUAGAUCGCAUGAGUGGGCUGACGUCUGCAUCUCCACUGUUCUCCAGAGAGCAAAUGGGCAGCACUUUGAGUGGAGGCUACUUCGCGAUGUUGGGCGCUUUGAGUGGCGAUGUGAAUGGUCUGCUCAUGAUGGAGCGGUGGCAUAUGCUCAACAUGUUUUAUCACAUAAUCGAGCUGCAAGGUCGAAACGACCUCAUUCAGACUUUGUUAGGAAACAUGGAUUACAGCCGCGAGAGUCAUCUCCGAGUCAUGCUUUCCAAGGCGCUGACAAUUGGGUCUAAAGAAAUCAGGAUCUUCGCAACGAGGCUACUCCGCAAAUACGCCGUCGGAGACGUCUCCCUUUCGCCUCACGUGGCGAUUGGCAAUGCAGAAUGGGUGGUCAAACUUCUCGUCACUCAACUGUACGAUCCCGAGGUCACGGUCUGCCAGGUCGCCGUGAAGAUCUUGGAAGAGGCGUGCAACCAGCGGGAUUAUCUCGAAUUUGUGGUGAAAUGUCGGCCCUCCCUCGACCACCUGGGUGAAAUUGGGGCACCGCUACUUCUCCGGUUCCUCUCAACCUCAGUCGGGUAUCAUUAUCUGGAUGGUCUCGAUUAUAUCACGCAAGAGAUGGACGACUGGUUUCUUGGCCGCAAUGACAGCUAUGUUGCUCUCGUUGAGGCCGCUCUUUCCCGAGCAUACGUCGAGCAGCCGCGACGUAGCAGUCUUGUCCCGGAAGACUUGGUGGACCUCCAAGAUAUCGGGUUGGUGCCGCCGCAUUUCUACCGGGAACUUGCCAGAACGGCCGAGGGCUGUAAGUUGUUGGAACAGUCAGGACAUUUCAAUGAAUUUGCAUGGACGAUCCGUGAUUUCAGAUUGGACGAAGAAGACAACGAAAUGCUUCUCAAGGCCAAAGGAUGUCUCUGGGCUGUUGGUAAUGUUGGCUCCAUGGAGCUUGGUGCUCCAUUCCUCGAUGCCGAGAUCAUUGAACGCAUCGUGGAGAUCGCUACCAGUGCGGAGGUUCUCACCAUGCGAGGCACUGCUUUCUUCGUUUUGGGCCUGAUUUCCCGCAGUCGACAUGGACUUCAAGUCCUACGGGGCUUAGGCUGGGAUUCCGGUGUUGAUCAAAAGGGUGACUCCUUGGGUCUCUGUCUACCUACCGACUUUCGAAAGCUGUUCUCUAUCUCCUUCCCCGGCUUCGACCAAAGAGCCAAACGCACUCCCAAGGAGAAACUCAGAGAAGCUACCACGGACGCUGAUCCUGGGAACCAACGGAUCCUAAAGUUGAUCGUAGAUAUGGGCAACACCGUGCUGGCCAAACGAGCCGCGUCCGAUCUUCAUAGCAUCAAGUCGAAACAGCCCGAGAGAUUCCGCCAAGUUCAUCUCUUCCGCAAAACCCUCUGCAUCCUGGAGAGUCAUCACUAUAGACUCCCCGCUCGACGCUUCGCUUUGGACCUAUUUGAUAAGAGCGUCAUGCGACGUAUUGUUCUCGAAGAUUCCGACUCGGAGUCUGACUCGUCAAGUUCACAGUCAGACUAA